AUAUGCAUAGUUUUACGUGGAUGUUUACAUUCUCUCCGAGUCCGACUUCGGGAAAUUUUUGGUUUCUCUUUCUGUUUUGAUAUUAUAAGGUAUUGAAUUGGGUCAUGAGAUUAAAGUUUCCACCGCAGGUAACCUACCUCGGGCGAAGUUCGUGCAGGCUCCACUUCACUACCGCUACACUACGCUCCACCUACCCGAACUUCGGGACCGUGAACUAGUUCGGAUAUACCGAGUGACAAAGCCCAGGGCACAGAUGAUGGCUUCCUUGCAGCACCUGUUCAGGGUUGCUGUUCUCCUCUCCUUCGGCUUAAUCCGAGGGACACUCUCUUCGCCCGAUGACAGAUGCCAGUUCAUCUUCAAGGAGGAUCAUGUCCUUCAAGUUGCAGAGUCGGAAAACGCUGGAGCCAAAGUGAGAACGGAUCUCCACACCGAAAACAAGAUCAAGUGCGCGGAAGCUUGCUGUGAAUCAGAGGGAGAAUGGUGUACAUUUGCGGUGUAUCAUUUCCAAGCCAACCCAGAAGCAAUGAAUUGUUUUCUUGUCCAGUGUAUACCUGAUGGCAGUCAAGAAGAUGUUUGUAUCACAAAGCACGUUCGACACUCGGACUUCACGGCAAUCGCCGUUAAGCAUCCUACCCCACCAACAACUCCUCCGCCUCCAACCACCCCUACUAAUCCCCCUCCUCCUUCGUCUCCUGUUAGUCAACCUGAAUCAGCUGGCACAUCCACGCCUCCUUCCUCUCCCUCUUCCCCAACAACUCCCCCUACCUCUUCUGUGACUUCUAAACCAACACCGUCUUCCACGGAUGCGAUCCCCACUAAUGACUCUGCGGGAGCCCUUGAUGACCUGAACGCUGCCCUCAACUCAUCAUCACUAACAUCACCUCCAUCUAAACCUGCUAUCACAAAUGCACCACCACUACCACUAACAACUGUGGCAGCAAGAGAUAUCCCAACCCCUAAGCCCAAAACAACAGAAGGUCCUAAGGAUCCAACAACCAAAGCUACAGCUAAACCUGCAACAAAAGCUGGUAUAGCUGAUACCACCCUCAGUCCCAAAUGGACCAGUCCAGUUUCACAAUCAACCAAUCAGAGGCCUCAAAGUAAUACAUCUCAGCCAAUCAAUGCUACUCAAAGUGGCCCGGAAGGAAGCAAUGACCAAGGAGAGGUUAUUCCUGACAACAUCAAUAGAACCACAGUAACACAGACAAGUAUUCUCAUCGUGACCCUGUGUUUCGGUAUCAUAUUCCUGCUGGCGAUGAUUGUAGUGUCGGGGAAAAGAUGGUGCGAGGGCUACCAGAGAAGGAAAUACAGCAAGGUGGACUACCUCAUCAAUGGCUACUACAGCUAGGCGGUCAGUACACCUUGACGCAUGACCGAUUAAUCAAUUAAAAUUCCCAUAAUGGUUUUCUUCAGGAAUUCCAGUCAGCAAAUUUACCGUUUUGUAGCCGUUUCAUGUACUACUGUCCUGGGAUGUAGUCGAGGCCGGCCUCUAGGCCACAUUUGCCGGCCUUGGCCUUGGCCCGUGUACAAAGGCUAUGGGAGAAGAUACAUGUAGUCUCCUGCGGCCUCGUGACACUGCAACGUGCAGCAUUGACUAAAUCCCUGCUAAUUUCUUUUGAGCAGUCAGAAUAGACAGAAUUAGCCAAAAUUAGCGAGAAUGAGCCUUCAAAAUGGCUACAAAACGGCAUGAAACGGAGAGAAAAUGGCUACACAACGUCAAAGUCCUCACUGUGAAUACAUCCAUGAUGAGGUAGGUAUUUCGCAAAGAUUAAGGUGUGACCGAAAAUCGGUCCCAUUUGCGUGUGGUACGUGAUACAUCACCGCAUGCGUCGGAUCAUCCUGAGAGGACGCGUACUACCGCAUACUCGUCAAUGAGGUUACACGUAAAGAUACCGUGGGCGUAUUUGCGUGUAUAAACCGGACUAAGUCUUUUUUCAAAGCGUUAAAUGCCUCCUUGAAUUGAGAUAUUAUUUUAAUAUUAAAUUGAAUUUUGUACAAAGGAUGACUUUAAAAUAUCACCUAUUGUAAAUCUGUGGAUUUACAUUCAUCUAGGGGCAUUGGGAUAGAUUUUGGUCUCAACUUUCAACUUUCUUUAACAAACAUUAUUUUUUGUGAUUAUUGUACUAAUUUGAAUUUUUUUAAAAUUUUAAGUCUUUCAUUAACUUAUGAGUGAUUGAACAACUCUAUGAUACACGCCAAACCUUCUAAACGUGCCAGAUCAGUAGCAGCUCUGUGUGUAUUUUAUAUAUUUUCGUGCAAAUUAGCGACACGAACGCGUUGAGAUUUAAGGGCUGGUAUUCAAUUCAAGGUGCUGAUUGACUUACUUUGCUAUAAAGCAAAACCCUCACACUCAUAUUCAGACCACAAAAGCAUUUUAACCACCUCAAGCAAAAUACUAAUAACCAUUGGGGGUGUCAUGAAGUUUGGGCCAAAUAAUGUAUUAUGAAGGCCUACAUGCAUGUAUCCACCCAUCUGUGUGCGGCAUGUUUGAAUAUGUUUACGUGUCCUUAACCCUUUGAACCCUAAGUUAUUAGGGGCAGCGGUGACCCAUACCCUGUAUUAUUUGCACCUAUCGACCACAUUUACAAACUUCCAUGAUUCGGGGCCAACGGCAUCUUUCCCCCGCUAGUACCCGGACCGGUCCGGCUGAAGUUGUUUAGCUUCUCGUAGACCUAGUCUACAAACAGAAAUAUCAAUUUUAGUGUCUGUUUUGGGCUCAAAAUCACUGUUUUGACUUAAGUCGGAUUUAUCAAUAGCUUCCCCAUAGUCAGCAUGUGCCUCGCCGUGUAUUACCGCACAUGCCACACGAGCCACCGCUGUAGAGUGGCAUAUUUUGGCAAUUUUUUAGGCUAAAACCUUCCGAAAUAAAUACCAAUCCUGACUGGAAUUAUCGACUAAAUAUCCCUACAUGUACUAGAAAGAUGACGUCAUCUUUAAAAGAUCACCUGACAUUUAGAACCUAUGUUUUUUAAGUCACAUGGCUUUUGGCCGGUAUUCCGUCCUAUCGGGUAUAUGUGCGUUCACUGGUGGGCCGGAAUACCGGCCUAUCGGGUUCAAAGGGUUAAUUUAGGUAUGGGCUGACUUAGAUUUAAGAAAGAAAUACUUUAAUAGGCCAAUAGAAAACAAUUGAUUAACAGAGAAUUUUUUUUUACUUUAGUAGAAUACUGUGUAAAAUACUUGAAUUGAAUACUGCCCUUUCCAGCCUUGGAUUUCUAGUUUCAUGGCAAUUAUUAAUCAAGCAAUUAAUAUGUACAUGUUCAUUUUUUCUGCAUAAUAACAACUCAUUUAUUUUGCUGCCAUUGUUCACUCAUAGAAAGUUACAUAUUUCUUGUAUUAUUUAUUAGAUAUUAUAAUGGUUCAAAUCAUGAAAGACAUAGUACAUGAACAUGUAUGCAAUAUCUGAAUUUAUUCCUAAUCAUGUCUUGAAUUCUUAAUAUUAUGAUAUGAUUUAUUACAUUUAUUGCAAUGAAUUAUUACAUUCAAAUUUUGAAAUAUGUAGAGUGAUAAAACUCUUUGGCCUGUAUGCUGCAGGGACGGAUCCAAGAAGGGUGGGGGGCUGGGGGCCGAGCUGGCCCCAGCCACCUAUUUUUGGGCAACCUGCACUCAAAAACGCUAAAAUAGCAUAUAAAGGGUUUAGUUUUUCCAAACUUUUUCUGGGGGAGGGCCCCCGACCCCCCGUCUGCGUCAGGACGUACCUUCGUACCCCUUCAAAAUUCCUGGAUUAGGCCCACCCUUUAAAAUAUUCCUGGAUCUGCCCCUGUUCUGGACUUGGGUUUGUUUUAAAUCAUGAAACGUAUUGUUUGAUUCGACGCAGACUUUUAACAUUGGUGGUUUUUAUACAAUAAUAAUUAUCAAUAGACACUUAUGUAGCACCAUCCUUGAAAUAUUCUUUUCCGCGGUGGACUUCUGCUGUUACCCCGGCUUUAGCUUCAGCUGCUGUGUCCAGCGCUGUGCAUUUCAAGAAUUAAUCCUGCUGGGUAUGGCUACCCAGAGUGACCUUACCUGGGUUGAGUGCGGCACAAUGUGGAUCAAUUCCUUUCAGUCACCAUUAACUACAUGAGGUAGUGAGCUAUGGGAGUCUCGUAGGCUAGUUGUUCACACUUUUGCCCGCCAAUCAAGGGGGUCAUGGAUUCAAAUCCUAUAGCCAAGCAGGAUUUUCUUCAGCAGGAAAUUUUUGUGCAUUUUGCUGCACUCGACCCAGGUGAGGCAGGGUGGUACCCAGCAUGAAUAUCAAAUCCUUGAGUUGAACAUCUGCCAGAUUAAGGAGAAUGAGCGCCUUGAGCAGAGCUCUCUAUGAGUGGAUUUGAACACUUCAUAAGUUUUUAUUAUUAAUUUCAUUAUUCAUGAUUAAUGUUAUAAGUUUUAUGUGUAUACCAAAUAGAGCUAUAGUUGUGCUAUAUGUUCAUGUACAUAGGCUAUAGAUGUCCUAGGGACAAUUUACUGUGAAAUUCUUUUUAACGUUUUUGUAUUCAGAGAAUCUUGAUUUUUGUAUUCAUUGUGAUAAUGCACUGUAAGCUAGGAUUACACCAGGACUGAAUCCUGUUCUCCCUGAGCGAAUGCGAGAAAAUUUCAUAGGGAUUCUGAAACAUUCGCGCAGGAAGUCAGGAUUUUUUUUUUUUAAUACUAAAUCUCAUCUUCAUAUGUAUGUUUAGUACUACUAUUCAGUCUGACAGAGCCGUGUCAAUUCAAAUGUAACUAUGGUACUAUUUGCCUUAUUUUUAACAUUCCAUAUUUGUAUUAAUCUUGUUUAUAAUAUAUGUGUAAUAGGAAUAUUGUAUGGUAACUGGGAGAAUAAGAAAAAAAAAACAAUUGCUAAAAGACACCUUAGCGUUUUCUCCUCUAAAUGUCAUCUAUUUGUAAUUAUACAUGUAGCUCUAUAUUGUCUGCCAGGGCUGUGUCAAUUUUAGUUUGAUUAUUGUAUUAGUUGCCUAAUAUUUAAUAUUACAUUUUCAUGAUUUUAUUUGUAUUCUGUGUGUAAUAGUAUUUGCAUGGUAUUCCUGAGUGAGUAAAAAAAAUA